AUGACUACUACUAAUCAAGCCAAUUUAAUUGACCAUCGUUCAUUCUUCUCAUCACAUAGCAGUCAAAAAAAGCUUGGAGAGAAUCAAAAGUUACGCUUGUUGGGAAUUAUUGAUAAGAAUAUUGAACAAUUAAAGAUUUUAAAUAAUUAUAUUUAUCCAAUUAAAUACAGAGAAUCUGUAUAUGAACAAAUACUUCAAAAAGGACCAGAAUUUAAUCAAUUUGCAAUUUUCAAUGAUAUACCAGUCGGAAGUUUUUCAUGUAGAGUUGAUUCUUGUGAAGGAAAUCCAUCAAUUUAUUUAAUGUUAUUAGGUGUAUUACCAAAAUAUAGAAAGUUAGGAAUUGGUCGUGAAUUAAUUUCCAAAGUUUUUGAAAUUUGUAAAAAGUUUUCAAUUGAUAGAUGUCAUCUUCAUGUUCAAUGCACAAAUGAAAGUGCAAUUCAAUUUUAUGAAAAGAUUGGUUUUAAGAAUAUUAAAAAGCUUGAAAACUUUUAUAUUAAUGAUAGAUUACCUGAAAAUGAAUGUAAAGAUUGUUAUUUAAUGGAAAUUGUUUUACAAUAA